UGUGCCUAACAAUUCGUAGGUUGGAAUGUACCCAACAACGGAUGUGAUUAAAAAUGCUUACAUGGUUUGCCCGAUUCAAUAAAAAUGGAUAAAAAGUUGGAUUAUUGAUUUGUAAAAAUCGGUGAAACUGGGACCAAUUUACUGGUUCAUGGUUGAACCGGCCGGUUUUAUAAAUUUGUUUUGGGCUUCUUUAUCUCCGGUUAAUAGAUUAAGACUGGACCGGAUUUGGGGUCGGCUCCAGGUUGAACUGGCCGGUCCGAUUUUUAAAACAUUGCCUCAUAUAGAAAAUUUUAAAAGAAUCUUCAAUACAAGAAAAUCAAGGUCAAGGGUACUUUGGUCAAGUCCAAGUCGAAGUCGAGCCCAAACCUUUAUAUGUCAAGGCUUUUUCCUCCACCUUCACCUCCAAAAAUCUGUGCGUAUUUUCUUGAAGCUUCAGUGGAAUUUAUCCGUAACAAUGGAGAUUACACAGAGUUCCAAAAACCCUGUGGAACCACCGACAGUUGAAGUUGGGAUGUCCCGUAGAGGUGCAGUUGCUACCCGACCUGGAAUAUUGCAACUAAGAGCAUCUGGCGAUGCUUCAGCCGUUCAUCAGGACUUCAGUAAGAAUUCUUCUGGUAAAAGACAAAGGUACAAGAAAAGAAGUAGAACAAAAUCCGAUGGGUCAGAAAGUCUUUCCGAUAUUGAUGAUUCUGAGAUUGUUGGAUAUCUUAACAACAAAAAGGAGAUGCAUUUGAAAAGGAUGUUAUGGGAAGCAAUGAAUAAAGACCAUGUAAAGGUUAAGAAACAAAAAACAGCAACUGAAACAAAGGAAACUACCUCUGCAAGGAAAGCUGUUAAAACCAUCGAGAAAUUGGAACAAAAGAAGAGAAGUUCGAGAAUCAAUUAUGAUGCUUUGAGACUCCUAAAUGAUGAUAUGGAACAAGGUUCUGGUACGGCACACAACAUCGAUUUGAAACUCGACUCUUGGAGAAAUGACUAUUCACAGAAUGAAAGCAUUACCACAUACAAAAUACAAAAAUCUGAAGAGGGCAAUUAUGAUGAAGAUGAAGAUGAAGAUCAACAGCAGAUCAUUUGUGGUGAAGAUGAUUUUAUAUACAGUCAUCAUAAUGAUGCGAUGCCUUACGGGUAUGAAGAUAAAUAUAACGAAAAUUUUGAUUUCGAGGAUUAGUUUGGAGAUAGUUGGGAAUCAUGGUUUUUGGACAAUGUCAAGUAGUUAACUAAUUUUUGGGGUAGUGCUUACUAUAUUUCUAUUGAAAAAUACCCCUCAACUCUACUUGAAUUAAAAUUGUGUUCUGUAGUGUUUCUCCAUAAAAUUGAUCCAAUAUUCAGUCAGUAUUCUUAUUAUA